AUGUCUGCGGCGAUCCAACCCGUGGGGGACGACCAGGAGAAGCCGGUAUCAAUGCUUGAUCCUCGACAGCUUGGUCAGGCUACCAACACAGAGAUAAUGGGCUGGAUGCGCAUGAACCUGGCGCAGAUGCCAAGCGCAGCGUCGGGAAUUGGAUCUGUAUCGGCGUUGCUGGUUGUGUUAGAGAGAAAGGCUCGUCUAAUGUCAACAACGACGCUUCAUUCUCUUCUUGUGUGUGGUGAGGACUUGUUGAACGGGUUAGCGGACGAGAUGUAG